GGCUGUGAGUAUUAAAAGUGUGGGAAAGAUAAAACGCCUGGACAGUCUGCUUGAAUACCAAGGAAGAGAUUGACCCGAUUCUCAGCCACGUCUGUACCAGGGAAGGGUGACUGGAAAUUGACUGUGGUCGGUUGCUCACACCUACGCCGUGUCCUUCAUCAGGUUGCUGGACUUUACCUGGCAACUAUUCGCAAUGCCGCUCACGGGACUCGCAAACUGCCUCCUGGUCCAUCCCAUAAAUCAUUUCCAAGGUAGACUCGAGAGAGGAAGAAAGGGUCGAGAGGUCCAUUCCCACAACCCGCAAAACUCCACAUGUUGAUGGAUACCUGGAGAACGUUGGCGGUGGCCACACACUCUCAAAAAAUUUACACAGACUGGGCUAAUCACUACCUGGCUAAGUCGGGCUGUCCGCGGCUCAUCAAGGACCUGAGCCAGGACGUCACCGAUGGAGUCCUGCUGGCGCAGAUCAUCCAGAUAAUAGCCAAUGAGAAGGUGGAGGAUAUCAAUGGCAGCCCUCGGAGUCAAACCCAAAUGAUUGAAAAUGUGGACGCCUGCCUCAGUUUUCUAGAUGCCAGAGGAGUGAAUGUACAAGGGCUCUCAUCUGAAGAGAUCAGGAAUGGCAACCUGAAAAGCAUCCUGGGCCUCUUCUUCAUCCUGUCCCGCUAUAAACAGCAGCAGCAGCAACAGCAGCAGUAUUACCAGUCGCUGGUGGAGCUCAGCCAGCAAGGCGGCGGCGGCAGCUCGGCAACAUCUGCCAGCAAGUCUCAAGAGAUGCAGUCCAGUCUCACAGCACGAUAUGCAAGUCCUCCGGGGCAUACUGGAAUAGGGUCGCCACAGAAGAAGAACACAAGGUUACCGGGACCUUCCAGGGUACCCGCUGCAGGCAGCGGGGCCUCCAGGAGUCCGGGUUCUUCCAAUCUGAACCGGCGCAGCCAGAGCUUCAACAGCAUCGACAAGAGCAAACCGCUCCAGUACGCCAGCGGCAACGACAGAGAGGCGAUGAGGAGCAUCCCGGUAGCCGGCGGGAUAGGUGGGUCGGUUCCUACCAGCAUAAAUGGGCAGCAGCUGGCCUCUGCCAUUCCCUCGUCCGCCGCCAGCAAGUCCUGGCGGAGCAAGUCCAUGAACCUCAAGCACAGCGCCACUUCCUCCAUGUUGGCCAACCCUACGAACUCACCGUCCCUAAACCCGCAGAGCCAGGAAGGCAUGGACGGCCCCAAAGUCGGCGCCGCGCCCCACAGGUCCAUGCUGGAGAAGUUCCGAAUGAUCAACCCUCGAUCGGCCUCCCGGGUCUCGCCGUCCAUGGCUGAGAUGGCUCUUCAGGAAGAGGACGAUAUGUCCGAGUACGGCGAGGACGCACUUACGCCCACGGGCUCGGUAUGCAGCAGUAGCGGUAGCAGUGUUACGGCCAAACAGAUCUCCUCCAAGUCCUCCUUGAGCGCCACAAGCAAGACCUCGUCGUCCUCCUCGUAUUCCAAGGCUUCUGCAAACUCCAGUAGGUCCAAAGACAAGGAGGACAAAAGCAAGUCUGCCAGCAAGCAAGCCUGCGUUCCAUCCAAAGAGGAGCGAGACUUUGCGGACUCGGCGAAGACGAAAACGUCUAAAAUCGCCAGCUUCGUGCCUAAGGGAGCAAAACAAGCAAAGAAAGAUGGCAGCUGCUCCUCCUCGGUUUCCAGUGGAAUCCCCAAACCAGGACUUAAAGCCCCUUCCACGAUUGUAACAAAGGGUCAAUCUCAAAACCAGAUGGGCCUAAACAGCAGUGCGAACCUUCGGGGAGGAGAACCAGACAGAAGCAAACUCGUCAAAGGCGGACAAGGCGGACAAGGCAGCGGCGGCGGUUUCUACACGCAGAGAUCCGUCGGAGCUCCUGAGGGCAAACGAACCAGCAUGACCUCUUCCACCAGCACCUCGGCCUUGUCCGCAUCCAGCGGGGUCCUGGCAGGGGCGGCUCUCGGAGGGAACGGAGUGGUUCAGCUCCCGCAGCAGCAACAGCACAACCACCCCAACACUGCAACCGUGGCUCCCUUCAUGUACAGGACCUUCUCAGAGAAUGAUUGUACCAUGGUGGCCCCGGCCGACCCCUGCCUCAGUCCAACCAAGGGGGAGUUGGUCUAUAGCAAGACAGCCAAACAGUGCCUGGAGGAGAUAUCAGGAGAAGACCCGGAGAUGAGACGAAUGAGGACGGUAAAGAACAUUGCUGAUCUGCGGCAGAACCUGGAAGAGACCAUGUCCAGUCUCAGGGGGACGCAGAUCAGCCACAGCACACUAGAGACCACCUUCGACUCAACCGUGACCACAGAAGUCAGCGGGCGGAGUCUCCCGGCCCUCGCCACCCGCUCCUCCCCCAUGGCCUGGCGCCUCGGCCAAACGCAAACGCCGCGUCUCCAGGCGGGCGAAGCCCCCUCCAUGCCCGGCGGUUACCCCGCAGCCCGUGCAGGCGCGGCGGGCGGCGCCACCGCCGCCACGGCGGCGGGGCGCUACGGCGGCCACUCUGACCCCUCCAGGUUUGUGUACAGCGCCCCCCUGAGGCGAUCGGCAGGGGCGCGGGGGGCGGAGCAAAGUGACAGGGGAGGAGGAGGAGGGCUGGAAGGAGGGAAGCAGAUGGAGAUGGCGGGGUACAUGAGCGAUGGGGACGUCCUGGGAAAGAACGGACGGAUGGAUGAGAUCCCCAGCGGAUAUCUAACAGAUGGAGGUCUGCAUUUGUACGCGCGGAAUACGGGCCGGGCAGCCGACGCGGCUUCUUCUCGAGAAGUCUCGCACCGAGGGAGCAAAGAGAUCCAAGGCGACGUGGACAGCUGGGACGACAGCAGCUCGGUGAGCAGCGGCCUGAGCGACACCUUGGACAACAUCAGCACCGACGAUCUCAACACGCCUUCCUACUCGGCCGUCGGGUCGUCACGCAAAAGCAAAGGCGCCCAGUCCCAGAAAACCAGUAAGUCCAAGCAUGCCGAUCAGGAGGUGAGCAGCAGCUGGGUCGGAGCUGAGGACCUGAAAAAGGUGGAGGAGGAACUCGACGCAAGCAUGGACCCCAACGCCGGCUCAUCCCGCUGGAAGUCUUCCUCGUCGUCUUCUCAAGCCCAGGGCCAGUACGAGGACGCGAGUCAGAAGGCCGCAACGUUGGCCCAGAUAUCCCAGACUGGCUCACUGAGAAGGGGCAUGACGGCCCAGGUUGGCAUCACGCCACCCAGGACAAAAAGUUCUUCUGGAUCACACAAAACAGCAGGCAAGACGGAUGAUGCCAAGGCGUCGGAGAAAGGGAAGGUGCCCUCCAAGGGUUCUUCUUGUAUCCAACGCUCCCCCUCCGACGCUGGGAAGAGCAGCGGAGACGAGGGCAAGAAACCCCCGUCUGGAAUCGGACGCCCGCCUACCACGAGUUCUUUUGGAUUCAAGAAGAUCCCUGGUUCAAGUGGGACCGUAAUCACCUCCAGCGGUGCCACGCUCGCAAGUGGCUCAGCCACCCUGGGCAAGGCACCUAAAUCAUCAGCUGCCCUCGGAAAAGGCACCGGCAUCGGUGGCGUGCGGAAAACCAGCCUGGACGGCUCCCAACCUCAGGACGACGGUAUCCUGCUCAGUUGCGGAGGCUCCAAAGUGUCCCUCCAGUACCGCUCUCUACCCAGACCGGCUAAAUCGUCCAGCGGGGUGGCGGCGGCAGGGCGCGGCGGACACCGCUCCAGCUCCAGCAGCACCGACUCCAACGUCAGCGGCAAGUCGGCCGCGGCGGCCAACCAAGUCAAACGCAGGGACGCCGGGAAGGUGUGCUCCGAUCGUUCCAGUCCCAUCAACAUGAACCAGACGGACAAGGAGAAAGUGACGGAGCAGGAGCCGGGAUUGUCCACUUCCAGCCCCACCUCCACUUCGGCGGGCCAGACAAGCCUCAGGCAGCCGAGCUCCAAGUACCCUGACAUUGCGUCCCCGACUUUCCGCAGAUUGUUUGGCACCAAAGCCAGCAGCAAGGCCAGCUCCCCGGGCACGCCCGACUCUGGCAAAUGCCCCUCAAUCCUGGGCAGCCCGCACGGUACUCUGGCGAGGCAGGCCAGUCUGGACUCGCCCUCUUCCGGCACGGGGAGUCUGGGCGGCCUGAGCGGCGGCAGCAGCCCGCUGUACGGCAAAGGCCCGGACCUCCUUUGCGGCGACUCGCCCGCCUCCAGCCCGGCCUCUGGCCUCUCGCUGCCGUCCAACGCUCGGCCCUGGCCUGCCUGUGGCUCGUCCGCUGGCAGCAAGGACACGUUGAGCUGCCAAAGCAUGAGCAGUCUGCACACGAGCUCUGAGUCCAUUGACCUGACUCUGGGCCACCACGGGCCCAAGGUUACCAGAACCGGCAGUGUCAAGUCCACCCUGUCCGAGGGCAUGCCUCUUGACAGAAACACCCUUCCCAAAAAGAGACUGAGGUACCCGCCGUCAUCCAGGCCCCAUGAAGACGGCAUGGAGUGGCUCAGGUCGCACUCGACGGGGGGGCUUCAGGACUCGGGAAGUCAGUCGCCAAUGUCCCCGCCUGGAGCUUCUUCUACCACCACUGGAAAAUACCACUACUCCAACCUUUUGAGCCCGACUCACAUGGGCCAGUACAACCUGCCGCCGGGCAGCAGCAGCAUGAGCCGCUCCAACAGCAUCCCCGCCCAGGACUCCUUCGACCUAUACGGCGAGGGGCACCCAUUGGGUGGCAGCGCCACCUCCCUGGAAGACCGCCCGCGCGGCAUCAGCCGCUCAGGCUCCUUCCGGGACAGCACCGACGAAGUGCACGGUUCUUCGUUGUCGCUGGUGUCCAGCACGUCUUCGCUCUACUCCGCGACGGAAGAGAAGGCGCAUUCGGAGGGCCAAACAGUCCAAAAUUCCACGCAAAUCAGAAAACUGCGGCGGGAGUUGGAUGCUUCUCAAGAAAAGGUCGCGACCCUGACGUCCCAACUGUCUGCCAAUUCUCACCUGGUGGCCGCCUUUGAGAAGAGCCUGAGUAACAUGACAUGUCGCCUACAGAGUCUCACCAUGACGGCCGAGCAGAAGGAGACCGAAUUGGUCGAGCUGAGGGAGACAAUCGAGUCACUGAAGACUCAGAACACCGACGCCCAGACAGCCAUCCAGGUGGCUCUCAACGGCCCCGAUCACUUCCAUAGAGACCUGCGUAUCAGACGUCAGCAUUCAUCUGAAAGCAUGUCGAGCAUCAACAGUGCGGCCAGCCACUCCAGCAUGGGCAGCUUGGGCAAGGAUGCCGAGGACAAGAACAAGAAGAAGAAGAAGAACUGGGUGGCUGAUUCCAUCCCGGCUCAGCUCCGCAGUUCAUUCAAGCACGCCUUCAGCAAGAAGAAGACCAAGUCGCAGUCGUCCCAUGACGAGAUGGAGGAGAUGAGCGACUCGCUGCCGUCCUCGCCCAAACUGCAGCAUGACAACCGUCAGGGCAGCGUCGCCACGCUGCGCUCGUCGCCGUCCACCACUGACAAGUGCCUAUGCAAUAGCGAGUUCUCCUCCGUUUGGACACCAAAGAAAAAGUUAAACGGUCACGUGGUCUACAAGCACCGAUCUCGGCUGUGCGAGUGCACCGAAGCCGAGGCCGAGAUCAUCCUGCAGCUCAAGAACGAGCUGAGGGAGAAAGAGCUCAAGCUGACUGACAUCCGGCUCGAGGCGCUGAGUUCCGCCCACCACCUGGACCAGAUCCGGGAAGCCAUGAAUCGCAUGCAGAACGAGAUCGAGACGUUAAAAGCGGAGAACGACCGCCUCAAAUCCAGCGGCAGCGCCACGCCGACCGCCACUCCCGCCAAGACGGCUCGGCCGCCCUCGGAGACGUCCAGCACGUCCUCGUCCUCCUCUCGCCAGUCCCUGGGCUUGUCUCUCAACAACCUCAACAUCACCGACACCAUCAUGUCAGAUAUUCUGCUUGACGACAGCUACGAAGGUAACCUGCGCAAAGAAGGCCGCAGCGUGCGGAUAGUGGUCAACAUCAGCAGCGGGCCGAGCACGACCAAGGGAAAGCAAAUGCAGGAGUACCUGAUUGGCUCCAUAGGUGUGAGUGGGAAAACCAAGUGGGACGUCCUAGAUGGAGUGAUUCGACGCCUCUUCAAGGAGUACGUAUUUCGGGUGGACCCGGUGACCAGUCUGGGCUUGAGCUCGGAUAGCAUCGUCUGCUACAGGAUGGGCGAGGUGGUCCGCUCCCACUCCUCCGAAGUGCCUGAGCUGCUGCCCUGUGGCUACCUGGUGGGCGAAAGCAACGUCAUCAAGGUCAACCUUAAAGGCGUGAAAGACAGCAGCAUAGACAGCCUUGUGUUCGACACGCUCAUCCCCAAGCCCAUCAUCCAGCGGUACCUCAAUUUAUUGAUGGAGCACCGUCGCAUCAUCCUUUCGGGCCCCAGCGGUACCGGCAAGUCCUUCCUGGCCGCCAAGCUGGCCGAGUUCAUCAUUUCCCAGAUGGGCCAGGAAGUCACCGAGCACAACGUCGCCAGCUUCAACGUGGACCAGAACUCCAGCAAGGACCUGCGUCAGUACCUCUCCAACCUAGCCGAGCGCUGUAACUCCGAGAGCACGGACACGAAGCUCCCCACCGUAGUCAUUCUGGACAACCUCCACCACAUUAGUUCCCUCAGUGACAUCUUCAAUGGCUUCCUCAACUGCAAGUACCACAAAUGCCCAUAUGUCAUUGGGACUAUGAACCAAGGCGUGUCCUCCUCUCCCAACCUUGAGCUGCAUCACAACUUCAGGUGGGUGCUGUGCACCAACCACACGGAGCCCGUCAAGGGCUUCCUGGGCCGCUACCUGCGGCGGAAGCUGAUCGAAACAGAGAUCCAUAAAAACGUGCGCAGCAACGACCUCAUCAAGAUCAUCGAUUGGAUUCCCAAGACGUGGCAGCACCUCAACGGCUUCCUGGAGGCCCACAGUUCCUCCGACGUCACCAUAGGUCCUCGCCUCCUCCUGCCCUGUCCCAUGGAUGUGGAGGGGUCCCGAGUGUGGUUCACCGACUUGUGGAACUACUCCCUGGUGCCCUACCUGCUGGAAGCUGUCCGAGAAGGACUUCAGCUGUACGGCAAGCGGGCGGCGUGGGAAGACCCGUCCAAGUGGGUGUGCGACACGUACCCGUGGCACGCCGCCGCCGCCCCCGUGCAGCAGCAGCUGCAACAGCAGCAGGACGGCCAGUCAUUGCUGCAGCUCAGGCCCGAGGACGUGGGCUACGACGGCUACAGCUCGUCCAAGGAGGGGGCCUCGUCCAAGCAGGUGUCCCAGAGCGACACCGAGGGAGACCCCCUGAUGAACAUGCUGCUGAGGUUGCAGGAGGCGGCCAACUACUCCAGCGCGCAGAGCUGCGACAGCGACAGCGCCAGUCACCAUGACGACCAUCUGGACUCAUCGCUGGAAUCGACGUUAUGAGCUACGCUAGGCUAACGGGACAUGCUCCUAGUGCAAGUACAUGAUGAGUUGUAUGGAUUUGUUCAAAUCGACCUGCUUCAUCGUAGUUCCAAAACGGUUUCACAUUCAACGCAUCGCAAACGACUUCCUGAAAGUUCAACUAAAUAUUCUUAAAUUGACCAAAACCCUCUUCUGCUAAAAAUAUAUCCCGUCCCGACAUACAAAGCUUCUCUUUCAGUCGAGAUGUUUCACUUUGACUUCUGCGACACACAUUUAGCCUGGGCUUUGGCGCCAUCUUGUGGCCUUAACUGUAAUCGUCAGCCCAAAUUGAAGUCAUCCCAUGUUCAUUUCCUGCAUUUUCUUCCAUACAACUUCUCAUCUAAGUGCACUAAGGGUCUAGUUCAUCAUCUGUGGAAUCUGAAUAUUCUUUCUGCGUUCGAUCCCUGUUACGUGACAUGUUUACAACAUGAACAAGAAGUUGGGCAGGUACUAUUGUUGAUGUAGUUCUUUGUUUACAAAAGUGCUUCGUUUGGUUCAAAAAUCCUUCCAAAGGGUUGCUCACUCUUCCACCGCGGUGUCAAUUUAGUCCCAAUUUGACAGUUUCUACGAUGUUCUGAUGAUCUCCUGUGGCCAUAAUGGAGCUGGGCCUCACAUGAGUAUUUAUAAGCCCAUCACCUCCCUGCCCACAAUCGAUCUGCCACAUUAUGCUACUGUGAAGAGAAUGGAUACGAGCCAAUGUCUGCCAAAUAACGCACGCCCGAUUAAACCAGUGCGGAUCGGUCGAAGAAAACACUUUAACAAGGGAACAAUGAUAUUGGUGCUUUCUCGUUGCCUUAAGUGUGAAAAAGAUUAUGGAAAGAGGGGGCGGAGCCUACUUCCAUCGGCUAUGAUAUUGCUUCCUGUUUCCCUUUUUAACAGGUGUAAAGUGCUAAAUCAUAGAGUUCAUGUUGUAUGUGAAUUCUAAACUGACCAAUAUUAUUAAAAAAAAAAAAAGCUAUACAUAUAUAUAUAAUUAAAAGGGUGGGGGGUUGGUUUUUUUUUCCACCCAGUUGAGCUGGGCUCACUUGAAAAGACAGGAGCACAACCAAAUGUUUUAUUAUUAUUAUUAGCAUGCUUUUGAGCUUUUUAACAGGGAGAGGGCAAUUGAGAAGAGAUAUUUACCUUUAUGUAAACACAAGUAUUGGACGGAAGCCAUUUUCGAUUGUCCUUUCUUUGAAAUGCGUGGGUUGGUUUUGCACACUCGGGCGGGUUGUAAAUACUUCAGUCUCCUUGCACAGAAAAUCAAAGAUGCGUUCACCCGGUUAAUGUCACACUAACCUGCUAAAAAAAGUAAAUUAUUGUUAAAAAAAAAUGCAAAAAGUCAAACAGGUGUGCGUCUUGUGAUAUGUGUCGACGCAGGAGGCGCACGGUGUGUAGAUAGAAAAGUGUUCUCACUACAAAUCACAAAGCUGCACUUUUCCAGUACGCUCCCAUCGUUGACAUGACGUCCGUCGGGUUUUGUCAUCGGAAUCUGGUCGGGUUGCCGAGGCGCCGGGAAUCACUCCACGUUGUACUGUAUAGAAAAACACCACAGGUGCUACUGGUCAGCCACGCCCACACAAGAUAACAAAACCUCAGGACAGUGUCACCGUCUACAAUCCUACCUGUUGUCAGCUUCGGGCGCCUCUGCAGCCGGGCCUCCAAAUUCCGAACUCGCUGACCCCCCCGGCAUGCACCCAUCGGAUUGAGAGACGUCUCAAUCCAGGCCCAUAGCAUUUACUCUGGUUUUGAGAUGAGAAACUUCUUUUCUUUCUUCUUUUUGGGUGAAACAUUUUUUUUUCUUUAAUGUUUUAUAUUUUGUACAUUUGUAUGUAACAUAUCAUGUAAAUAGACAGAGACAGUGAUUUAACUCAUCUGGAAGAUUUUGUAGUCUUUGUAAAAGCUCUAAAAAAAAUAAAUGGUAUUUGGUGUCACAAGCAAAAAAAGAAAA